AUGGCUCCUUCUCGUCACUCAUAUGAUGUCCUCAUCGUAGGGGCUGGUGUUGCUGGAUGUGCACUUGCCCAUGGUCUCGCGACCAUCACCUCUAGCACUCGUUCGAAACAACUCCGAAUCGGUCUCCUCGAACGCUCCUUUGCAGAACCGGAUCGUAUCGUCGGUGAACUGCUCCAGCCUGGAGGGUGCAACGCUCUUCGAAAACUUGGCAUGGAAGACUGUCUUGAAGGCAUUGACGCAGUACCAGUGCGGGGAUACUGCGUCGUGAAUGACGGGAAGCAAGUCCACAUUCCAUAUCCUAAUAAUCAAGAGGGCCGGUCGUUCCAUCACGGAAAAUUCAUAAUGUCCCUUCGAAAAAAGGCCCUUGCAGCCCCUGGUGUUGAAGGCAUUGAAGCUACAGUCACUUCUCUUAUCAUGGCAGACGGCGAGAACCGCGUACAUGGUGUCCGUGCAACUCGAAAAGGCUCGGAGAACGGUGAGAAGGAAAGCUUCUUUGCUCCGCUGGUCUUCAUAGCCGACGGCUGCUUCUCCAAUUUCCGUGCCGAGGUCAUGGGCGAGGUGUUUGAAAAACCUGUCACACGAAGUUACUUCGUUGGCGCUAUCCUCAAAGACGUGAACCUGCCCAUUGACAAGCAUGGCACUGUCGCAUUAGUCCGUGGGUCUGGCCCUGUGCUGCUUUACCAAAUUUCAGAACACGAUACGCGUAUUCUCAUCGAUGUGAAGACGCCGUUACCCGCAGACCUCAAGUCUUCCUCAAAGGAAUAUAUUAUUAACAUAGUCGUACCUGAACUCCCCGAAAAUCUACAGCCGGCCAUUGUAGACGCUUUAGCACGAGACCGGUUACGGCGCAUGCCGAACUCUUUCCUGCCGCCCGUUGAACAGGGUGGUGAACAAUCAAAAGAAGGCGUUAUUCUCGUCGGUGAUUCAUGGAACAUGCGGCAUCCUUUAACAGGAGGUGGAAUGACUGUUGCAUUUAAUGAUGUCGUUAUCCUCACCGACUUGUUGCGAAGCGUGUCCCAUUUCGACGACUGGGCCUGCGUCUCGCAGAUCCUCCACGCCUGGCACUGGUCGCGCAAGCCACUCGGUUCGACAAUCAACAUCCUCAGCAUUGCGCUUUAUGACCUCUUCGGCGCCGAGGAUGAAAACCUGGAAGUGCUACGCGUGGGCUGUUUUAAAUAUUUCCAACUCGGAGGAAACUGUAUAAUGGAGCCUGUCUCCCUGCUCGCCGGGAUUUCCCACCGUCGCUUCCUCCUCUUCUACCACUUCUUCUCCGUCGCGUUCUACGCCAUUUGGAUAAUGUUCACACAUGUACAGCCGAUUGCGGCCGUCAAUGGUGGAGGUGGUGGUAGUGGCAAAGUCGUGAUGCGGCGUCCUGGCGUGGAAGAGUAUCCUUGGUUACUCGUUAAAGCCCUUCGUGUGUUCUGGACUGCUUGUGUCGUAUUUGGCCCGCCACUCUGGAGCGAGUUGAGGUGA